AUGUGUGACUUCACCAAGGACCAGAGUUCCCAAUUCAAUGAGGCCUUCCAGCUGUUUGACCAAACAGGUGACGGCAAGAUCCUGCACAGCCAGUGUGGGGACCUGGGCCAGAACCCAACCAAGGUCAAGGUGCUCGAGGUCCUGGGGAGCCCCCAGAGUGGUGAGAUGAAUGUGAAGUGCUGGACUUUGAGCUUCUUGUCCGUGCUGCAGACUGUUGCCAAGAACAAAGACCAGGGCAUUUAUGAGGAUUAUGUUGAAGAUCCUCAGGUGUUUGACAAGGAAGGGAAUGGCCCCAUUGUGGGCGCUGAAAUCCAGCAUGCCCUUGUCAUGCUGGAUGAGAAAAUGACGGAGGAAGAAGGAGAGAUGUUGGUAGCAGGGCGCGAGAGCAGUAAUGGUUGUAUCAAUGACGAAGAGCUGAUCCAUAUGGUGCUGAACGGCUGA